AAGACGUAAGAGAAUUGGUGGAGGAAACUAAAAUCUCGAGGUUCCAGCUUUGAAGCUUUUACAAUUGAAUUUCAGUUACAUUUUAACAAUCUUCUUCUCCGAACUUAAACCACGCAAACACUGUAAACAUUCAAUAUAUUAAAUAAGUGACAUCACAGUCAAUAUUUUACACGUGAAAUAUAUAUAAAAAAAAAAAAAAAAUAUUGACAAAAUGCUGGCAGGCCAAGCGCCGAAGUUUGUGAACAGACAAUUUAAUUCUCCUAUAAACCUGUACUCACCUCAAGCAAUUCAGGAGUCAUUAGAAAAACAGACAAAAUUAUUAUCGAAUGGUGCUGUUGGAAUUGAUUUCAAUCAACUGGCGAAGCCAGCAAACUUACAAAACAGCGCGGUGCUAAAAAUGCUGGAAGAAGAAGAAAGUAGGCGACGAAAUGGAGGACAACCUGGUUUAAAAAGAGUAGCCUGGCCACCACCGCAGGAUUACGACGAAGUUGAUUAUAUUGAACAGUCCCCAGUUCAAGCUAAGACACGUGGACUUGGUGACUACGUUUCGUAUCAAAGUAGUCCUGUAUCUGGACCAUCCCCACAACCAGUUAGCCCCGGUGGGACAUUGAAACAACCCUCACAUUUUCAACAACACCAACCGAAUAUUAAAAAUUGGGCGCCUGUUACACCACCGACAACUUCGCCAAUUCCGCCAUCUUGGAGUCAACACUCAAAUCAAUCGCCAUCACACUACCAAUCAUCGCAACAUCAUCAGUCUUCAGCAAAUUUUGAACCGCCUCCAACGACAAUUACUCUCAGACCAAAAGCGCCAUUUUCUCAAGAUCCUAGCCCAGUUUAUCAAGCCCAACCAGCAGCAACCAUGGCGCCAAUGAGUGGAGUAAUGAGAGGAGACUUAAAAUGGCCACCAGAAUCGGUCAAAUAUCAAACAGAAAUGGAAAAUCAAGCAAGAAUGGCCUUAGCCAAAGGACCAGCUUUCAGACCACGACGUCCUAAUAAAGACUACUCACAAUUUUUUGCUCAACACGCUCUUAAUACUACUUAUCCAGGUUACCGAGCUCCACCUGGUACUCAAUACUUUACACCUUCUUAUCAGCAUUAACUCAACUAAAUUUAAAUAGACUUAUUUUUAUCUAUUUAUAUGAAAAUUAUUAUUUUAAUUUCACGAUUUUAAUUUUAAUAACUAUUUUAAAUCAAACUUCAAAAAUAUUUUUUUCUUUUAUUUUAAUUGAAAAAAAAAAAUCUGAAAUUUUUUAACAUCUAGUCGCGAUUAUUUUGGUCUUCAGAUUAAGUUUAAAAUUUUAUCUGUACAAAAAACAAAUAAAUUACAAUGCAAUGAAAAUAUCUAAUGCACGAAAUAUUUAUAAAUAAAUAUAUAUAUGUUUUUAUA